AUGUUUUGGGGACACACAUGCGUGCGCGCGCAGGAGGAUGUUGUGGGAGCCGCUGGUGUAGAGGGAGGAAAGCACGGAAUCCGCAGGCCGGAGGUGGGGCCAGGGAAGGAGACAGGCAUUCUGGAAAGGGACGGGGCCACAACGGCUGCAAGGAGGAGGUAUAAGAGUUUGGUCACUGGGACUCGAGCGAGAAGAGUCAUUGCUGCCCUCUGGGUCCUCGCCUUUGGCAUCGGACUGACCCCGUUCCUGGGCUGGAACAGUAAGGACAGUGCCACCAACUGCACGGAACCCUGGGAUGGAGCCACCAACAGAAGCUGUUGCCUCGUGAAGUGUCUGUUUGAGAACGUGGUCCCCAUGAGCUACAUGGUGUAUUUCAACUUCUUUGGGUGCGUCCUGCCCCCGCUGCUCAUCAUGCUGGUGAUCUACAUCAAGAUCUUCAUGGUGGCCUGCAGGCAGCUUCAGCACAUGGAGCUGAUGGACCACUCCAGGACCAUCAUCCAGCGGGAGAUCCACGCCGCCAAGUCCCUGGCCAUGAUCGUUGGCAUUUUUGCUCUCUGCUGGCUGCCACUACAUGCCAUCAACUGUGUCAGUCUCUUUCAGCCAGCCCGGGCAAAGAAUAAGCCCAAGUGGGCAAUGAACACGGCCAUUCUCCUGUCACAUGCCAACUCGGUGGUCAAUCCCGUUGUCUAUGCCUAUCGGAACCAAGACUUCCGCUAUACUUUUCACAAAAUCAUCUCCAGGUAUGUCCUCUGCCAGACAGGUGUCCUCAAGAGCGGGAACGGGCAGGCAGGGGCACAGCCUGCCCUUGAUGUGGGCCUAUGACCGAGGGCCCGGCCUCUUCAAGAAGGCACACGUUCACAAUCAGCACAGGGACGGGACGGGACGGGACGGGACGGGACUGGCUGAUUGCUGUUGUUACAGCUACGUCGUGUCAGCGCAUGGGCUCCCUCUCGAGUGACCACAUACCCAGCUAAUAUGCACAUGUUAUUAGUCGGCUCCAAAGGUUCACAAAGUCUUUCUGGCUCUUUCUGGCUGCUCUGUGUGGAUGAUGGCGAUGGCCUGAAUGGAUUGUAAAAGACUGUUUUGUUUUUUUAAGAGUCUGCCUCUUUUCAUGGUAGAAAAUGAAACUAUUUUACUGUGAAACACUGUGAACUAUUAUAAUACAAAUGUUUUGUUUUGUUUUUAACUUAGAGGCAGUGAAAGAAUAAAAGUUGAACGUACUAAAAAUAGAUGCUUGUUCCUAGGAAGGUGACCAGGAAAAUUAAGUGUAAUUCUUCAGUCAACAAACUGCUAUAUUUAUUUGGGGAAAUGCUACUCUUGUAAGUUUGUAAGUAGAAUAUCCUUCUUUGGUAACAUUCUUUUCCAUGUACUAGUGGAAGAAACCGGAGAGAUGGAAUCCCUCUCUGCCAGACUGCAUCUGCCCCUUCGACAGUCAGAUAGUCAAGUGUAGUCCUCUACCAUGCUGAAGUCUGGCCACGCUGCUGGGGCCCAAGUGUGAAAAUCUGAAUAAGUAAAAAUCGUACAACCAUGUACAUCUAUUAUGUGAAAUAAAAAUAAAAUUUCACAAGCUUA